CCUGAAUCGAGCUGAGAGGGCUUCCCCGGUUCUCCUGGGAACCCCGUCGCCCCCUGCCAGUCGCAGCCCGACCAGCUUCACGAGACAUGGCUCCCCCAGCACCCUAGCCGGGACCUGCCUGGGUUAUCCUGAAGAGGCCAGCACUGGACUGUCCCUGGAGAAGGCCCAGCUCACGGAACUGCUUGAGCAAAGAAUCCAGUGUUGGGGCCCAUCUCUUGCACCCCACUGGCACCCAGGGGUGCCCAGGAGCGUUGGGGGCACCAGGGGAUUGACAUUUGCCAGCCUUGGACCACAGCACCAGGACUGAGGGGGGGUGGGCUGACCACCCAAACCCCCUGUGGGCCCGGCCCCAUGCCCCACGGAGGGGCGGCCUGAAGCCGCUGGAGCUUUCUGCGCAUCGCCACCUGCCCUCCUGACUGUGGCCACUUGGCAUGGCCAGCAACAGCAGCUCGUGUCCGACACCGGGGGGAGGGCACCUCAAUGGGUACCCGGUGCCCCCCUACGCCUUCUUUUUCCCUCCAAUGUUGGGCGGACUCUCCCCACCAGGCGCCCUGGGCACGCUCCAGCACCAGCUUCCGGUCAGCGGCUAUAGCACGCCUUCCCCAGCCACCAUCGAGACCCAGAGCAGCAGCUCCGAGGAGAUUGUGCCCAGUCCCCCCUCACCGCCACCCCUCCCCCGCAUAUACAAGCCUUGCUUUGUCUGUCAAGAUAAGUCCUCCGGCUACCACUAUGGGGUCAGCGCCUGUGAGGGCUGCAAGGGCUUCUUCCGCCGCAGCAUCCAGAAGAACAUGGUGUACACGUGCCACCGGGACAAGAACUGCAUCAUCAACAAGGUGACCCGCAACCGCUGCCAGUACUGCCGGCUGCAGAAGUGCUUCGAAGUGGGCAUGUCCAAGGAAUCCGUGAGGAACGACCGGAACAAGAAGAAGAAGGAGGUACCCAAGCCUGAGUGCUCCGAGAGCACAGCGCUGACGCCAGAAGUGGGGGAGCUCAUCGAGAAAGUUCGCAAAGCGCACCAGGAGACCUUCCCUGCCCUCUGCCAGCUGGGCAAAUACACUACGAACAACAGCUCAGAACAGCGAGUGUCUCUGGACAUCGACCUCUGGGACAAGUUCAGUGAACUCUCCACCAAGUGCAUCAUCAAGACCGUGGAGUUCGCCAAGCAGCUGCCCGGCUUCACCACCCUCACCAUUGCCGACCAGAUCACCCUCCUCAAGGCGGCCUGUCUGGACAUCCUGAUCCUGCGGAUCUGCACGCGGUACACGCCUGAACAGGACACCAUGACCUUCUCCGACGGGCUGACCCUCAACCGGACCCAGAUGCACAACGCUGGCUUCGGGCCCCUCACAGACCUGGUCUUCGCCUUCGCCAACCAGCUGCUGCCCCUGGAGAUGGAUGAUGCGGAGACUGGGCUGCUCAGUGCCAUCUGCCUCAUCUGCGGAGAUCGGCAGGACCUGGAGCAACCCGACCGCGUGGACAUGCUGCAGGAGCCCCUGCUGGAGGCGCUCAAGGUCUAUGUGCGAAAACGGAGGCCCAGCCGUCCCCACAUGUUCCCCAAGAUGCUGAUGAAGAUCACAGACCUGCGGAGCAUCAGUGCUAAGGGUGCUGAGCGGGUGAUCACGCUGAAGAUGGAGAUCCCGGGCUCCAUGCCACCCCUCAUCCAGGAAAUGCUGGAGAACUCCGAGGGCCUGGACACUCUGAGCGGCCAGCCGAGUAGUGGGGGGCGGGAGGGGAGCAGUCUGGCCCCCCCGCCCGGCAGCUGUAGCCCCAGCCUCAGCCCCAGUUCCAGCAGAAGCAGCCCGGCUACCCACUCCCCGUGACCUCCGUGGAUGCCGCCUGUGCGCUCACUCUGGCUUUUCUCUGCCUUUCAACCAACCUCAUGGCCCUGGCCCGCCGGGCGGGCGUGUGGCCUCCCUCUUGGGGGGCUUCAGGGAGGAGACUCGGGGCUGCCCACCCUUCAGCUGCAGCCAGCGUGGACGUCCGGUCUGGCCCGGCCCCCGGCCGUGAACUGCGUGAGGACGCCAAGCCCCGGGCCUCAGGAUGGAACCUGGGGGCCUCGUUCAUCAAGACACCCCUCUGUCCAUCUCGCCUCAUCUUCAUCACCAGCAAUGCCAGGACCUGGCUGUCCCUGUUCUCAGAACUCGCAAGCCAUCACCCCCCUGCCCCCUUGGGGACCCCCCCUGCCUUGGUUGGUGACAGAGGGGGUGGCCCCGGGGUAGGGUCCCCUUGUACAUACCCUGCCACACCAACCCCAGGUAUUAAUUCUUGCUGGUUUUGUUUUAUUUUAAUUUUUUUUUUUUGGUUUUGAUUUUUUUUAAAUAAGAAUUUUCAUUUUAAGCACAUUUAUACUAAAGGAAUCUGUGCUGUGUUUGGGGGAGCUGGAUCCAGAGCUGGUGGGUGUGGGUCCCCGGGAGGGGGCCUCCCCCACUCCCCACGUCCCUGUGUUUCCCCUCCCAAAUCCUUUCCUCCUCACUUUUCUCUUUAAAACUGUGAAGUACUUACUUUCUGAGGCCUGCACCCUUCUUCUGCCUAACCACUAGGUGUGGACAUUUUCAGGCAGUCCCCAGAAGGAGGGAACCCCAAGAGAACGGGCAGGGACAAAAUGGGGGGGGGCCUUUCCCAGCCUAGAUGCUGUUUCUCAGUCCCCCCCCCUUCCUUGGCAGUGUUGCACCCCCAAGGGGUCUGUCUCAUCAAACACUUCGGCCCCCACUGUGCAGGGACUGACCACAGAAUUUGCUGCCCUUGCCCCAGCCUCUCAGCCACCAGCACCACCCACAGGCCACACACACACACACACACACACACACACGCACACACACACGCACACACACGCACACAUGUGCUCACAUGUGGACACAUACAUGCACACACACACUCAAAGCAUCUACUUGGCCUGAGUUCUAUUUCCCUGGCCUGCUCCCCAUUUCCACCAGCACCCCCUCCUUGCCCCGCAGGACGGGCCUACAGGGGGUCUCUUCCCCUCUCCCUGCACCCCUGGGCCGGGGAGCUGCUCUCUCUCCCUGCCCUCUGUGCCCUGGGGUUGGGGUCUUAUCACCCCCAGAGCCUGUGGGUGCGCCUGUUAAGGUCAGAUCCCUCCCCUGAGACCUACUGGAUGAGAAUAAAGUUCUAUUUAUUCUA